AUGGUAGACUUCACGCGACAGCCCCUGAAGGGUGUAUACGCAAUCUGCGCCAUUGGCUUCGAGAUUUCCCGCUUUCCAGUGUAUCUCGUUACUUUUCUACUCGGAUUUGGUCGCCAGAACCCUAAAUGGACUUUUCGCCAGGCCAUCAGCACGCGCGUCUUCUCCUCGGUUCUAUGGCACAUCGCAAAACUGCAAGUUGGAACACCACUUCCCCUCACACCAGGAGCAGAAAAGGAGCGAUUUAUUCUUGUCAAACCCGCCAAUUCUGAUGCUUACAAAGGACCGCUAAGGAGCAACAAAGAUGUUGUGCCCGUGGAGAUCGGCGCAACAUGGUACCCAGCGCCAUUGACAGCCGGUAGCGAUAAGAGCAGAACAAAGGUCAUCCUGCACACCCAUGGAGGCGCAUUCGUCCACGGCGACGGAAGGACCCAGGCAAGCGGCUUCAUGGCAAAACUGUUACUCAAACACUCACCGGCAACACACAUCCUCUGCCCACAAUACCGACUCUCCACCCUGCCUGCCUCACCGACAUCAAACCCCUUCCCAGCCGCACUCCAAGACGUCCUAACCUCGUACCUCUACCUCCUCAACGACCUCAAGAUCCCCCCAAAGAACAUCAUCAUUUCUGGCGACUCAGCAGGCGGCAACCUCACCAUCGCCCUCCUCCGCUACAUAACCGAGUACGGCGCUGAACUCGAUCUCCCCAACCCUUCUGCCGCGCUUCUCUGGUCCCCCUGGGUCGACCCCUCAGACACAUCCUGCUCCUACGUCCACGACAACAGAAACUACAAGACCGACUACCUAUCCCCGCCCUUCACCAAAUGGGGCACAAGCGCGUAUGCUGGUCUUGCAGGCGAGAAAGUCUUGUCUUCGCCGUAUGUCUCGCCCAAGUACAGCAUGUUCCGCACUCCAGUACCCAUGUGGGUAAGUAUUGGGGGCAGCGAGUUAUUGUUUUUUGAUGUGGUGGAGUGGGCGGGCAAGAUGAGGGAAGAGGGGAAUGAGAUUGUGCUGGAUUCGGAGGAGAAUGUGCCGCAUGAUAUUUUGUUGCUCGGGGGCAUUUUGGGGUUUAAGGAGCAGGCACAUAAUAUAGCGAAGAUGGCGGGGGAGUGGCUAGAGGGGGAAUAG